AUGGCCGAGGAGAGUUCCAGAGACCGUACCGUUGUUGUCUCGGCCCCGGGAAAAGUGCUUCUCGCGGGCGGAUAUAUUGUCCUCGACCGCAAACACACGGGUCUUGUCUUUGGUCUGAGUGCCCGCAUUCAUGUGCUCGCUCAAAAGAUCCGCACCAGCGAGGGCGUCCACCUGUCCGAAAUCGUCGUGCAGAGCCCCCAGUUCCUCAAUGCGACCUGGCGAUACGGCUACCACCUCGUCGAGAAUGGCGGGGGCAUCAGGGUCACUCAGCUGCAAUCGGGCACGCCAGUUGAGCCGAACCACUUUGUAGAAACAACGCUCAACUACGUGCUCACCUACAUCGCCGAGGUAGACAAGAGCCAGGCCUCGCACGGCUUCACACCCGCCUCACUCCUCGUCCUAGCCGACAACGACUACUACUCCAAGCCAAAGCAUCACCACGCCGGCGACCGCCCCUCGUCCAGCUCCUCCGCAGAAGAGCCUUAUUUACCGCCAGCCACGCCGCUCUCCGACCCAGGGCCUCAAACCCACCACCACCACCACCCUCCUCCUCACCACCACCAGGACCAGCCCGAGGAGGUGAAACCCGCCCGCCCCCGCUUCCGACACUUCGGCACCACCCUCGGCGACGCUCACAAGACGGGUCUAGGCUCCUCGGCCGCCAUCGUCACGGCUCUCACGGCCGCGAUGCUCUCGCACUACCUCCCUCCCUCCGUCUUCGACCUGGCCACCCCAGAAGGCAAGCGUGUGCUGCACAACCUGGCGCAGGUGGCGCACUGCUCGGCGCAGGGCAAGAUUGGCAGCGGCUUCGACGUCGCCAGCGCCGUGUACGGCUCGUGCCUGUACCGGCGUUUUAGUCCGGCCCUGUUGGGGGCACUGCCGGGGCUGGGGGAGGAAGGGUUCGCGGUGGCGCUGGCGGCGCUGGUGAAUGAUGACGAUGCAGACGGCGCCGACGGGAGGAAGUGGGACUGCGAGAUACGGAAGGACCAGGUCGGGCUUCCCGCCGGCGUGGCGAUUCGCAUGUGCGACGUCGACUGCGGCACGCAGACUGUCGGCAUGGUGAAAAAGGUGCAUGAAUGGCGGGAUGCGAAUGCGGAUUUGGCUGCCCGGGCGUAUGAGGGGUUGCAGGCGAAGGUGGAUGAGUUGGCGAGGGUGUUGAAGGAAGGGAAAGUAGGUGAGGUUGGCGGGGUGAUGCGGCCGGUGAGGGAGCUGAUGCGGACGCUGGGGAGGGAUUGCGGCGUGCCGAUCGAGCCCGAGAGUCAGGAGGCCAUGCUGAAUGAGUUGGAGAAGGUGGAGGGCGUCUUGGGCUGCGUGGUGCCGGGCGCUGGUGGGUACGAUGCCGCUGCGAUGGUCAUGAGGGAUGACGUGGAGACGGAGAAGAGGGUGAGGGGGUUCUUAAGACAGUGGAGCAUGAAGCACGGGAUACACGUGCGGCUGAUGAAGGUUAGGGGGGAGACGGAGGGAGUAAGGAAAGAGGCUGCCGGGGAUUUCAAGUUAUGGAUCAGCUGA